CCUUAGAGGGCCACUAGCUGUGCUGGUCCUUACCCCCUGCCCCAUGCGACACAACCGUCCCAGUUUUCUUCGCUUCUUGUUUGCCUAAAACACAAAGCUUGAGUCUCCCCACUUUCUCCCGUUGCGCGCUACUUAUUGACGGUCCCUGAUUCCCUUCUUUUACUUGUCCCGUCCCCUUUGCGUCAGCUUCUCUCUCUUCUUUGCCCGUCCUGGUGUCUCUGAGUGCUGUGCAUCGCCCUUGCAGCAGAAUCCUUUUCCUGGCCCUCGAUACUGCGCCGCCCGCCUGCCCCACCUUGGCACCGUCGACGACACCCAGCAUUUCUUCAGCGGCACCACAAACUUGCCUUUCUGCCUCCCCCUUCCGAUCUUGUCCUCCUACAUCGCCGUAGAACCGAGUCUAUUCCUCGAAAUCAAAGCUGAACCAGCAAUCAGCGAUAUGGCUGGCGACAAACCAUCCGUCCUCAUUGUAGGAGGCAUGGGUUACGUUGGCCGCUUCCUGGCUCUCCAUAUACAAAAGAAUGGCCUAGCGUCUGAACUUCGGCUGGUUGACAAGGUCCUCCCUCAGCUUGCUUCUCUGGCUCCUGAGUUCACCGAAGCUGGUAUUCAGUCCAACUUUAUGCAGGCUGACGCAAGUAAACCUGAGGGCCUUGCCAGAAUAUUUGACCGUGCCGACGGUUCGAGUUGGGACUAUGUCUUCAACUGCGGUGGAGAAACACGAUACUCCCAGGAAGAUGAAGUAUACAAGUUGCGAUCGCUCAACCUCUCCAUCGAGCUGGGCAAGGAGGCAGCCAAACGCAAGGUGAAGGCAUUCGUUGAGCUCAGCACAGGCAUGGUCUACAAGUCCGACUCUUCCCCAAGCAAAGAGAACGAUAAGCUAAAGCCCUGGAGCAAGAUUGCCGUUUUCAAAUUGCAAGCCGAGGAGGAGUUGGCCAAAAUUGAGGGACUCAACCUCGUUAUCGGCCGCUUAUCUCACGUUUAUGGCCCGUAUGCGUCCCAAUGGGUCGCCACGGCUUUGUGCAUGGCAAGAGUAUACCAAUCACUGGAAGAAGAGAUGAAAUUCCUCUGGACAAAAGACCUUCGAACCAACACUGUCCACAUAACAGAUGCCGCACGCGCGCUUUGGGAGAUAGCAGCGUGGUACGAUGCUGGAAAAUCUGGCUGGGAGGACGGCAAGAUGGGCAAAGUUCCUACUUUUAACAUUGUCGACAACGGUGCGACUACUCAGGGCACAAUGGCCGAAAUCAUCGGCAAGGUUUUUGGAAUCGAGACUGGCUUCCAAGGUCAACUGAUCAGUACAUUUGCCAGAAUGAACCUCGAAAGCGUGGUUGACGACAUCAAUGAUGAGAUUUUGGGCCCCUGGGCCGACUUGCUGUCCGAUGCUGGCAUCACACGGCCGGGCCCACUGACGCCGUUCAUGGAAAAGGAGCUUCUCAAAGACACCGACUUGAGCAUGGACGGUAGCCGAUUGGAGAAGCUGCUCAGCUUCAAAUACGAGAAACCCACCAUUACAAAGGAACUGGUGGAAGAGGUCAUUGAAAGCUACAAGCUCAUGAACUGGUGGCCUUGAAGCUCUACUACUGCUUAUAUUCUCCUUCUGACAUUCAUGGCAAUUACGACAAGCAAAGUUAUCAAUCAUUUUACGACAGACAUCAACAGGGAGUUGCAAGAAAGGCACGCUUGAGCAUAUAUUCGAUUGGAAAGGCGACUUCCCUGCAGCGGCGGCCGCUAUCUGCUACCGCAGCAGUAAGGUGGCGUUGCGCCUUUUCACUUGAACUCCCCAAACCGGGCGUUUUAGCGUCUCUAGAAGCAGACACAGAAAGGGCAAUUUGUUCUACUGCUUUAACGGAAGGGACGAUGUAUCAUUACGAGAUAUCCAAGGGUGAGGCGACGUCGGUUUGCAGCCCAUGCCGACUCAGGUAAUUUGAAACUGGUUAGAGGAGUCACAAACUAGCAAUUGAUUGAUUACGGCCAUUUUAGGCGACUGUGCUAUGACGCGUGUGUGGAAACGAUGGCAUAAAUCCGGGGGCUGCAUGGGCUGCCGACGCAGUCAGAGGCAUGCCAAGUCUGGAGCGCAUCUCAGCGCAGUCCAGGUGCAGAACAUGGGAAAAGCUUGAGUUCAGGGGUACAAGGGAACACUUGUUGGCUGCAUAUGCAUGCAUUAGCAGCGGCACAGGAUGGUUGGCUUUUGUCUGACACAGACCAGCCCGGCCAUCUUUGAGACAGAGCUUCAGGUGAGGAGCGAUGUAUAUUUGGCGGGGACUAUAGACAGGCGUAUCUGUAGUGUAGGCCGUUGGAAAGCAGCGCUAACCGAUGGCGGAUAACAGUGCGGAGAUGAGGAACAUAAUAAGUUAAUAGUGUUAUAGUGACAGCAGGACAUGAACGCCGUGGCCGCAGACGAGAGCAUGAGAAAGGUGAUUGCGCCAAACCGUGGCUGGAGGAGGAAAUUGUGACGUAUGUAGUUACUAAUCAUGCAAAUUAAGAUCCAUUUACUUCA